UUUUUUUUAAUUCGAAAAAAUUCACUUUCAUCCCAAGGCAGUAAUCCUACAUCACUUUCUCAUAGAUUCCCUCGCUUUCUCUCCAAAUUUUCAAGAGAAAAUCCUCCUCCAUAUACCUUGCAGAAAGCCCAUCUUAGCAUCUCCCCUCCCCUCGAUCAUUCUGCAAUCUCUACUUCACAGGUAAGCGCUGCUUCUCUCUAGUCUCUGCUGUUGUCAAUUUUGUUUAGCUUCGUCAUUGGGGUAGGUCCAAGGGCUUUUCUUUCUAUGCAACACGGUUUGGUAUGCGAUAAUCUUGUUGUGUCCAUUAUUGAAUAAUUGAGUGUUAGGGCUGGUAUUGUUGGCGUUGAUAUUGGUGUCUAAUGGUGCCGCCGAGAAGAAAGAAAUGGACAGAAGCAGAAGAGAAAACCCUAAUUGAGAAUUACGGUGAGAUGGUCUCUGAUGGGACCCUCGCGAAAAUGAAAACUAGAGAGAAGAAAUAUAGACCCAUUGCUUUGUAUGUGAAUUACGUGCACCAUGUUCGUGAUCCUGUCACCUACUCUUGGCAGUGGACUUGGAAAGAUGUGUCCACUAAGGUGCAAAAUAUGAGGCACCAAUACUUGCUUGUUAAGCAAAAGAUCAAGAAGCCUGAGCUCUCUGCACUAGAGAAUUCAGUUAAUGGAGAGUGCAGUAAUGGGGAUGAGUUUGACUGGUUGGAAGGGCUUACACAUUGGUCGAAUUUUUUGCUGUACAAGGAAGUUUUCGGGGAUGUUCCCAUGGCAUAUAGUUCGAAUGGCAGUAAUGGGAGCGAUUUGACAGCAGUCUUGAGUGAGGAUAGGGAAAAUGGUGGAGGGUUGUUGGGCGCUGGUAGGGGGAUGGAGAUUGCGGAGUUUGGGCAAAUGGGUAAUUCAGCAGAGGGAGAUUUUGCUGGGAUUGAUGGAGGUGAGAAUGGGAUGCUAGGUUUGGGUUUUGAUUAUGAGGGGGAAGAGGCAGAGGCAGAGGAAAAUUAUAAUAGUAAUGAUCGAGUGAGAGAGGAAGGGGAUGAAGCUUUCAUGUACGAAGAAGUGGACCCUAAUGUUUCUAAUUUGAGGAAGAAAAGGAAGGUGUUGAAGGGUUUGGGGAAGAGGGUGUUUGGUUUCCUUUCAAACCAAAUAGGGCAGUUGAGGGAAAUGGAGACUCGAUUUGAGCAACAUGAAGCGGAGAUAGAGCGGGAGAGGCAGAGGAGGGAGAACAUUCGAAUGGAGAGAGAGCAAGAGUGGGAACGGAAAUUGGAAGACAGGGAAGAAAGGGAAAAGGAUAGGGAAAAGAUGAGAUGGAAAAGAUAUCGAGAAUGGGAAGCUAUGGAAAGGGAGAGUGAAGAGAGGGAAAGAAGAAGAAGAGAGGAGGAUUUGAUUCAGGAGAAAGAAUGGGAGGAGAGGAUGAACAGGAGGAGGUCAGAAUGGAAGAAGAGGAUUGAUGGUAUGUUAGAACAACACCGAGCAGAAAUGGGGCAGAUUCAGACCCGAAUUCUUCAUGAGCAACAGAACCUUACUGGCCAAUUGCUUGGGAUUGUUUCGCAGUGGACUGGUCAUUCGACUGGGCUUUCUGAUCAUACUGGUGCUAGUAACCAUUAUCUUUCACAAAUGAUGCAUAAUUUGCACCAUGUGGGUGGUAUGGUACAUGGAGACACCAGGGUUGAUGGUGAUACUCAAGAUGAUCAAUUUAUUGUUGAUGGAUGAUGUCUUUUUCUCAGCACCAUCAUCUGCUUGGUGAGCUCAAGUAACAAUGAAAUACACUGGCAGGUUUCUGAUGGUGACAAGGUGUAAAGGACAACAAAAAAGUGAAUGUGAUGAAUAAAAGAAAUAGAGGGUGGAGUUCCAACAUGUGUAUAAAGGCAGCAUGGUUGCGGACCUGGGGAGUCUGGGUAUGCUUGUGCUGAAGGAUCUUCCAAAAGCUGGUGUUGAGUUAUUGAAGGAUCACGUUCUAGGAGUUUCAUGGCCUAAUAGAGUUCCUAGUUAGUGUUAUCUGGGUUUGCAGGCCUCUUGAUAGAAGAAGAAAAAACAGUUCAGCUGCCAUUUUGGAUUUAGGUCUUGGAGCUUGGAGAAGCAAAUGCUUGUGCAGAUAAUGUGGCUAGAAUUGCUGCUAAUUAUAGACUAUCUGUUUGGGAUUCUCCCCCAGAUGAUAUUUCCCACAAUUUACUAGCUAUUACUGUGGGCGUUAUUUUCUGUAGAUUUUAGUUGUCAGCUAUUACUGUAGGCGUUAUUUUCUGUAGAUUUUAGUUGUGUUAUUUUGUUUUUCCUCUGUAAAAUAAAUAAGUGGCUUUGGCAGAGUUGCCUUAAAUA